UUUAACAUGGACUUCCUGGAGAUUCAGCACAAAGUGAACUCCUCCUACCCUGUCCCAAGACCUCACCAGCAACACCGCAUCUGCAGCUUCAAACCGUUGUCCCCUGAGGAUGCUCUGGAGGAACGCCUCCUAUUAGACUCCAUUGCUUGGCCUGAAACUCCAUCCUUGUCAGCUUCUCUUUCCCUGGAGAAGACCACCCAUCCUGCCCACAGCAGAUUCACUAUUCUCCCAGAGAAGGGUGGACAACAGUGGCACGUAGGGGAUCAGCUGGAAGUUAUGAUCAAAAUGUAUGACUUCCAUGGUCGUCCCAAGAAGUCUGGUGGAGACGUCUUACUCGCCCGCCUGCACAACCGUGCACUUGGUGCAGGUGUGGCUGGGAAAGUGUUGGAUCAUCUCAACGGCUCCUACUCUGCUGUAUUUUCUUUACUCUGGGAGGGAAGCGCACAGGUUGAGGUGACACUGGUUCACCCCAGUGAGGCUGUCACAGUGCUGCAAAGGUUGACCAGAGAACAGCCAGACAGGGUUUAUUUUCGGAGCGUCUUCCGUUCAGGCUCAGUCUCUGAAUCUACCAUCUGCAAUGUCUUCCUGCGUCCUACCCAGCAGCCGCUGUGCAACUACACUGACAUAAAUACAGGUGAACCGUGGUUCUGCUACAAGCCAAAGAACCUGAGCUGUGAUGCCAGGAUCGACCACUCCACGGGAGGAAUCAAGCCAAAACUCAAGGGCAAGGAGAACGCGCUCUUUAAAAGGGGGGUGAACUUGAAAGUCUCCAUUAAGGCCUCAGGAUUGACCAGUGUCAACGUGUUGCCAAAAAUGAAAGGUAAACCAGAGGUAAAGAGCAGCAGUGUGAAGUCCUCUGGUUAUUACUAUAAGGAUGAGUGGCGAGCCAUAGAUGAUACCACAGUCAACAGAAAUCUCUGGCAACAUUUUGCUACAGUGUGAACAUAAUCAAUAUGUCCCAAUUGUGUUCUCUCUGUAAUACUUUUAGAUCUCAAGGAGUUUGACUUGCACAGCUCGAGACAAGUUGGACCUUUCAUGGCCUUAGACAAUGCAAACAACAUUUUGGUGACAUUCCAUUGCCACGGCCCCCCUAUCCGUUUUACUGGUGUCCCAGUCAUGGCGCUGCACUCCAUUGCCAAUGAACUAGACCGUGUAGUUGGAGGUGUCAACACUGUUGUAGUUUUUGGCAUCUGGGCACACUUCAGCACUUUCCCCACAGAGCUCUACAUCCGGCGGCUGCAGAACAUCCGCAGGGCAGUGGUGCGGCUGCUGGACAGAGCUCCAGGUACACUGGUUGUGAUCCGGACCGCAAACCCCAAAGCUAUGACGCCUUUUGUAGCGCUGACCAUGAGUGACUGGUAUGCCAUGCAGCUUGACAAGGUGCUCAGGAUCAUGUUCAAAGGACUGAAUGUUCACCUGGUGGAUGCCUGGGAGAUGGUCUUGGCCCAUCACCUGCCACAUGACCUCCAUCCACCCCCUCCCAUUAUUAAGAAUAUGAUCAACGUCCUCUUGUCCUACAUAUGCCCUCAAAAGAGGAGCUAGAUGUGCGUUUAUGAUCAGUCCUAUUAAUCACUGUUAUUUUUAUGUGAAAUUAGUACUGUGGUUGCUGGCAAACAAUUUUGGGUAAAAUAUCUAUCUACGCUUGAUGUUAUUAUUGAAUUCUGAAUCUGUCAACUCAAUG